AUGAUUAAAUCGAACAUUUUACGCCUUCCAGUGCUAGUUAGAAAUCAGAAAUAUAUUAUUAGAACUUGUACCACUACGUCACAGACUACUGAUGAUGAAAAAGCGCGCGAAUUGGAAAGAAUAGCCAAAGAAGCUUCAAUAGACGAACCUCCAACGAGUUGUUGCCAGUCUGGGUGCGCUAACUGUGUAUACAUUGUAUGGGCAGAGGCCCUAUCAGCCAAAAUACAAAAUGUUGGCCCGGAAGUCAGUGACAAAAUACUAGAAAUGGUACAAGAUCCAUCUAUGAAAGCAUACCUUGAAAUGGAAUUGAGGAUAAGAGGGUUAAAGAAAUGA